AUGGCUUACGUCAGUUACCCAGCUGAAGCGAGGCAUUCUGGGAGAUCGACAGGUUUUAUGCCAAUCCCAAUGUCUGAAAGCAGACUAGAAGAGGAAGAAAGAGAGAAAGAGGACACACACCCCCAAGAAGAGCUGGCGGCAGUGGAGACAGAGGCCAUGGCGGAGAACUCUGGUUGCAUCUUUCCGACGACAAGCACGGAGCAAGCAGAGAAGCAAGACAGCUGGUUUUGGAACUGGCUGUCUUUGUCUGUCCUGUCUGGGCUGACCUGGCUGGGGGACAGAAACCAGGUUCCACAGGAGGCAGUGUGCUGUUGCUCAGAGAGAAAACCAUCUGGUAAAAUGUGUCCGGAUUGUGAGAUUAUGUUCUGUAAAAAAUGUGAGAAGCUACACUACAGCAGAGCCUUCAUCGAGCAUGGACUCCUGGGUCAUCAUAGCGCAGAUACUCCACCACGGAUAAGUAGCCCAGCUCGGAGCACAGGUUCUGUGGAGGUGGCUGCCAUUGUGGAUCUGGAAGACAAUGAAACAAAGAAGCUGUGA